AAUUAUUAGUGCUACAAAUUUGGUAGUGAGGGGAAAGAAGCAUCAAUAAUUCUGAAUUGGGAUUAGCAUGAAUUUAUCACUGGUGCAAAUGGAAGCCAUAUGGUUUGCUUUCCUUGUGAUUUUAGUGGCGACUUUACCUGUUCAAGGCCAACUGAAAACUGGGUUUUAUUCUUCUUCCUGCCCAAGAGCUGAGGCCAUAGUGAGAUCCACCGUUGAAGCACACUUCAACAGAGACCCCACGAUUGCGGCUGGCUUGCUCAGGCUCCACUUCCAUGAUUGCUUUGUUCAGGGCUGUGAUGGCUCGGUGUUGAUUACGGGGUCCUCUGCUGAGAGGAAUGCAGCGCCAAACCUUGGGUUGAGAGGGUUUGAAGUAAUCGAUGAUGCAAAAUCUCAACUAGAGGCCUUGUGCCCUGGGGUGGUUUCAUGCGCCGAUAUACUUGCCCUGGCUGCUCGUGAUUCUGUGGACUUGAGUGAUGGUCCAAGUUGGUCAGUUCCCACUGGAAGAAGAGAUGGCAGGGUCUCUUUGUCUUCCCAAGCCUCAAAUUUACCUUCUCCUCUUGACACUAUUGCUGUCCAGAGGCAAAAAUUCGCCGAUAAAGGCCUUGACGAUCAUGAUCUUGUCACUUUAGUAGGGGCGCACACCAUAGGACAAACUGACUGUUUGUUCUUCCGGUAUCGUUUAUAUAACUUCACGGCGACAGGAAACUCCGACCCAACCAUAAACCAAGCAUUCUUGCCGCAGCUUAAAGCUCUUUGCCCCAAAGACGGCGAUGGCUCGAAACGUGUUGCGUUGGAUAAAGAUAGCCAGACAAAGUUCGAUGUGAGUUUCUUCAAGAAUUUACGUGAUGGUAAUGCAAUUCUAGAGUCGGACCAGAGGCUUUGGGGAGACACCGCAACAAGUAGCGUCGUGCAAAAUUAUGCCGGGAGCGUAAGGGGAUUGCUGGGGAUAAGAUUUGAUAUUGAUUUUCCAAAGGCUAUGAUUAAAAUGAGUAGCAUUGAGGUGAAGACAGAUACAAAUGGGGAGACUAGAAAAGUAUGUUCCAAGUUUAAUUGAUGAACAAAUUAAACCAACCCCAAUUACAAGAUGUGAACUUCCAAGGCAGGGUCACUUUGUAUACUUAUUCUUGGAGGGCAAAUUUCGAAACCGUGCAAGCAAUGAUGGAACUAAUUAAGGGGGGUUAGUGGUGGCAUGAGAGUCCGGACGACGGCCACCUCUUAAAAACAAUAUUUAAAAAGGUUUUUCAAUCUUUAAAUUUGUUAGAAAUAAAAUAAUUUAGGUCUUUUUUUUA